AUGCCACGUAGACAAAAGAAGUGGAAGGCUGGAGAUGGAGAGGCAGCAGCCUCCAAGAUCAUUACUGAGCAGGCAUCUGAACCAAUGGAGUCAGGGACCAGUAAUACCACACCAGAAUCCACUGCUAGCACAGCCACUGUUAACACAGCCACUGCUGCAACAGCCCAGGCAGGGACAGCUAUUGAUGAAGCACACCCACUGCUAACACAGCCACAGCCACUGCUAUCAACACAGGCAGAGGCAGCUGCUGAUGAAGACUCUGAUGACGAGCCCGAGAAGGCCCUGACACAGGACCAGCCUGACAAUGAGGAAAUACCACCCGGUGAUAACCAACCUCAGGAGGGCCGUGCUACUGCUGGUGCUGAAGACUCUGAACGGGACGAUGAACAGCGUCAGACGCAGAAGAAGUCUCGCCGCAAGGCCCUGCUGCUCGACAAUGACACUCAGGAGCAACUCAUCGAGUGGGUCCAAGAGCACGAACUUUUGUGGAGGAAGGUGGCCACCGACUACAAAGAUACAAAGAAGAAGACGGAACUUUGGACCAGGAAGGCAAGGGAGCUGAACAUUGAGGAGGGAGCUGAAGUUCUCAGGACAUGGUGGAAGGCAGUCCGGAACCUCUACGCUAAGCUUAUCUGCAAGAAGUCUGGCAAGGCUGCAGCGAACUUGACGGACAGUGAACUGUUCACCCAGAGUAACUGCGCCUUCCUGCACAAGAAGGUCAAGCCCAGGAAAGGCCAGCCACUUAGAAACACACCCCUCGCACAGGAAACUUUAGCAAACCAGCCUCUAGAAGCCCAGCCCUCGGCGUCGACCAGAAUCUCUCGCCAGCGUUCCCAUUACGUCGAGGAACAGGAAGAAGACGAGGGUGCCCUCUCGCUCAUUGAAACUCAAGCGGUACUCACGAGGUCCCAGGGCACCCCACGUCGACUAGCUCUCUCCUCCAUCACCACCAGACCACGCCGUGCCGCCACCAGAGCUGAGCCUGAAGACGCCCCUGCGAUGCUAGAGAUGAGAGAUAGUAUGAAGGCUACCAACGCCCUACUGGAGAGACUGGUCCAAGCCCAGGAGAUCAGCCAUGCACGACAGCCUUUCAUCACGUACAUGUCCUAGUCUCUCCAACAACUACCUGAGGCCCAGUACCAGCUCACAGUAGAGAGAAUGACGGCCAUCCUCAACGAGAUGCAGCGACCCAUCCCCCACCCCCUCCCUCCAGCUCAACAACCUCCAGCAUCAGUACCUUCACCCACACUCACCUUUUACCAGCAGCGGCCGCAUUGCUACCAGCCCCAGACCCAGCAUUACGGCUUCCAGCAGCAGCCUUAGCCUGAGCACCAGUCUCAGCACUUCCAGCAAUUGCAGACACCCAGAGGCAGCCAGCCAUCCUCCUCCCCAAGGAGCUCUAGCGCAGGACUCAUGUUGUCAGACAUGCCGAAGUUUUACUCCUUUAACCCAGCCAACAUGAGCGCCGUCAGCGAGGGGUGGAUUCUCCAUGAGCUUCAAAGGCAUGAUAUAAAUGCUCCAUCCAUACAAAUCCCCGCAACAUCUCAAGGGACUGAUGAUUUACUGGCAGAGAUAAGGACCACCGUUGAGGAGAAUUGAGACUGCUUGCACCUCGUCACCUGUAUUUGCCAAGUGCAUCAAUAAUAAAAACAAUCUCAAAUGUUUUUCA